AUGGUCGCCCAAUUUCACGCCGCCUGCUUCGGUGCGGAGGUGUCACGGGGGUGUUGUGGUACUGUGCUUCUUUGUUGUUCCGGUGCAGCGGUACAGAGUUGGUGCGGCUCAAUUUAUGUGGCCCUACGAUGCUCGGUCUUGGCUCUUCAAUCGCUGACCACCGUGGAGUUGCGACUGGUUUUGGUCGAGACGAACAAGAAAGCAGUGGCUUUUCUUGGUUUGGAGAAGAUGAAGUCAGAUACCCCACUGGAUUACGCUGUAUUUCAGCUCUCACCGAAGCACUCACGAUGCGAAUUGUUUGUUUCCAGUGAUGGGAACACAGAGAAAAUAGCUUCAGGAUUGCUUAAACCAUUCGUUUCGCAUUUACAGAUUGCCGAGGAACAGCUGUCCUCUGCUUCACAGUCAGUUAAGCUUGAAGCUGGGCGACGGAAAAAUGCUGAGGCGUGGUUCACCAAGGGAACACUUGAGAGGUUUGUACGUUUUGUAAGCACUCCUGAGGUUUUAGAGCUGGUCAAUACCUUUGAUGCCGAGAUGUCACAGUUGGAAGCUGCUCGGAGGAUAUACUCGCAGGUACUUACUUCAGUAAUGGUUCAAGUGGUAGUUCUGAAGGAGCUCCUGAGGGCUAUUGAUGUAAGGCUUCUUGCAGUGCAGCAGGAUCUAUCUACUGCUUGUUCUCGUGCUGCUGCAGCCGGCUUCAAUGUCGACUCUGUUUCGGAACUUCAAAUGUUUGCAGAUCGGUUUGGGGCUCAUCGACUAAAUGAAUCAUGUAGCAAAUACAUAUCGCUAAGCGAGAGGCGGCCCGAAGUCAUCCAACCAUGGAAACCCGGACCAGAUGAUCGGGCCCUCCGCUCCUCAUAUGGGUCAGACAUGUCCAUCGAUGAUGACCCAACUUCUCCACCACCCUGUCAAGAACACGCCAUGUCUCAGCAGCCCAAUCCCCGAGCUGUUAUUCAUCCCUUAAGUCGUACAAUCAGCAGAGAAUCCAGUGUUGAUAGGGAAGAGUGCAAAAAGCCAAAUGACAUUGUGCUAGAAAAAGGUAAGAAAGAUGAAAGCUCGACUCCAGAUCAGUCCGUGUCGAUUCAGGCAAGUCAGCCUGCGAGGCGACUCAGUGUUCAGGACAGGAUAAACAUGUUUGAGAACAAACAGAAAGAGAAUUCUGGGGGGAAGCUUGCUGUUGUAGUGAAGCCUGUUGAGUUGCGUAGGCUGUCAUCUGACCUUUCGGCAUCCGGUGGACUCCCUGAGAAGGCAGUUUUUAGAAGGUGGAGUGGAGCUAGCGAUAUGAGCAUUGACUUGAGUGCUGACAAGAAAGAUACUGAAAGCCCCUCCACAGUAGUUUCUCAGGACAAAAAGGUUCUGGGUUCAAAUGAUGGUACUGCAGAGGUUUCGUCUGUUCCUGAGCCAGAUACUAAGGUUAAUCCAAGUCUAGGUCAGGUUAGUGAUAGCAGUGGACCUAAAGGGGCCUCGUUACAUAACCUUGAGCUACUUUCUGAGUCCAAUAAGUCCAAUUAUAAUUUGGGUUCUGGUGAAAGUGGUUCGAAACAUCAAGUGCUUGGGAAGACCCAGUUGAGGUCUUUCACUUGUAGGACUGAGGAUCAAAACUGUUCAGAAGACAGUUGUAAAACUUCAACGGGUGCUAUAAACGAGGACGUUGUCGGGUUUCGGAAUCUAGGGAAAGCAAAGGUUUCUCCUAGCAGUGAGGAGUCUAGUGGGUCCCACGUACAGAUCAUCGACAUAAAUGAUCAGGUUUCUUCUGUAACCUAUACCAGGCCUUCCAUAAGCAAAGGAGGAGAGCAGUUCAAAACGUUUUCAAAAAGGGAAGAUUUUGAAUCAAGGAAUGAUUCUAGCAAGCAAAUUCAAAAGGCUAAUCAAAAAACUGCUGUAGAGUCCAGGGUACUUGAAAGUGAAGCUGGUUCUAAAAUAAAAAGGGCAUUUGCUUCUCGUUAUAAAAGUAAUGAAGGUGUGGAUUCCACUUCUUCUCAAAAAGAGGUAAAAUUUGUUGGGGAGAUUGAAGUUGCUGAAGAAAAAGUCUCACACAUCUCUGCAAAAGUAUCCACAACUCCUAUUUCAAGCAUUGAAGAUUCUGGGCCUCAGACACUGAAGUUGAACAGAAAAGGUUUGACAUCUGAACUAAACAAGAAGGCACGUGUUCAACGAGACGAGAACAAUUCUACUGGUAACAGUAAGACUCGAUAUUCCGGUAAACUCGUGACACAGGCUCAGGAAGGCUUUGAUUCCUUUUUUACUCCACCUCCAGAUCAAGUUCAAAUGACAAGGCAGUUGAAGGGAAAUCAGGAGCAUAACAACGAGCUGAAAAUGAAAGCAAGUGAGCUCGAAAGAUUAUUCGCCGAGCACAAACUGCGAGUCCCCGCUGAUCAAUCUGACUCCGCACGUAAAGGAAGGCCAGGAGAAAGAGAAACACAAGUUGAACAGUCAAGUACUUUACACUACACAAAACCACUAGCAGAUGUUGCUCCUGAAUCGUCUGACGUUCACCAGUCAAAUGAACUCACUAGGUUUUCAAAAAAGUCGACCAAGAUCGAGGUUGCAUCCCCCGUGAAAACAAUCGAUGCUAUAAAUAAGAAUUUUUCAGAGCUCAGUAUAGAAGAAGGCUCUCGAGGGAAAUUCUAUGACAAGUAUAUGCAGAAAAGGGAUGCAAAGCUGAGAGCAGAUUGGAGUUCCAACAGAGCAGAGAAAGAAGCCCGGUUGAAGUCUAUGCAAGAUAGCCUUGAGAGGAAUAAAUCAGAGAUGAAAGCCAAAAUAUCAGGAUCUGCAGACAGACAAGAUUCGGUAUCAAAUGCUGAUAGACGUGCUGAGAGACUCAAAUCGUAUAAGAAUAGCAAGUCAAUUAUAAAAAGGGAGCAGCAAGGCUUAGAGUCUGGGGACAGUGAAGAAGAUGAAGAAGCAUUGGGUUUUACUGAGCAGAAUCACCUCCUUGAGAAUAGGGCUUUAGAUAACAACACAUUGCUAAGGGAUGGUGUUUCCAGUAAGGGUGUACAGGGGAAGAAGCAUUUACUCACCAGCAGAAGCUCAUCAUCUACUACCCCUCGCACCUCGGCAGCUCCCAUCCCAAAAUCUUCCUUCAAAACUUCUGCAAAUUCUGGGAAAAGAAGAAUGCAAAUGGAGAAUAAUCCACUUGCACAAUCCGUCCCGAAUUUCUUGGACUUAAGAAAAGAAAAUGCCAAGCCUUCUUCUGGAGCCAGUAAAACGACCCGUUCGCAGGUAAGAAGCUAUGCCCGCAGUAAAAGCAUUAGCGAAGAAGCUGUUGUUGCCAGGGAGGAUAAAUCCCGCCGAUCGCAAUCAUUGAGGAAAAGCUCUGCCAAUCCAAGUGAAUUUUCCGAAAUUUUGCACCCGGACUCUAAUGGUGUUAAUGUAACGCCAAUAAAAUUUGAUUUCGAGGUUAUGAAAAGUGUCGGGACCAAGCCUUUUCUCAAAAAGGGUAGCCGCGCUAGUUUUGUUUCUCAAGCUAGUAUUGCUAGAGAAAAGGCCUCCCUGGUGUCUGAGUUUGUUAAAAACGAUGAAGAAAAUGAUGAUGGGGAUUCUGAAGAUGAUGAGUUUAUGAGUGUGGGUAAGAAUGAUGUAGAUGAAGAAUUUGAGGCUUUCAACACUGAAGAUCAGAAGAUUUUUAGCAAUGGAGAACCAAAACAGGACCUGGAAUCUGAGAAGCUCGUAAAAUCUGGAUCAGAAAAUGGUGAUGCAACUACAUUUUCUCAUACUAACCAGGCUUUGGAAUCUCAAGUGCCCACCAGUGAAUCUUUGCAAGAUUGGCCUGAGGAAAGUCCCGUUUCAUGGAACUAUUCACACAGGCAAAAUCCUUUUACUUAUCCUCACGAGACCUCUGAUGUUGAUGCCUUCAUGGAUUCCCCUAGCGGAAGUCCCGCUUCAUGGAAUUCAAACUCUUUUAAUCAAAUAGACACUGAUUCGUCCCGAAUGAGGAAAAAAUGGGGAACAGCACAAAAACCCAUUCUGGUGACUCAUUCAUCAAAUAGUAAUUUAGCCCGCAAGGAUAUGAAGAGUGGGUUCAAACGAUUACUGAAGUUUGGAAGGAAAAGCCGUGGCUCGGAUGUGCUGGUUGACUGGAUAUCUGCUACCACAUCCGAAGGAGAUGAUGAUACUGAAGAUGGCAGGGAUUCUGCCAAUCGGUCAUCCGAAGACCUGAGGAAGUCGAGAAUGGGAUUCGCUCACGUUCAAACUUAUGAUGACAGCUUUAAUGAAGGCGAGUUUUUUAAUGAAUCAGUUCAAUCUUCACAGAAUGCUAUACCAGCACCGCCAGCAAGCUUUAAACUGAGGGAGGAUAAUAUGUCAGGAAGCUCAAUUAAAGCUCCGAGGUCAUUUUUCUCGCUAUCAACAUUUCGGAGCAAAGGAAGUGACUCAAAACCUCGAUGA